AAGCUUCAACUUUAUAUUCUCUUGCUGUACCAACAGAGAAGAGAGACCUUGACUUAGUUAGAGAAAAGGAAAGGAUGAAACAUUUUGACUUUACGGGAAAGAGGCUUUUAUUUUAAGUCUUCUUCUUCUUCUUCAUCUUCAUCGCCACAAAGUAAACAAUUGAAAAAAGAAUAAGAAACGCAAAAGAUGGCUCUGCUUUACAAUUUACGUUGUGCCCCUAACACGGCGUCGUCUUCGCGAACCGCAUUGUGAGCGUUUUAUUCCUUUGACACAGCCAUGCGGUGGUUACCUACACUUCCCUUCUCCGCCUCCAAUUCCUCCUCGUCCUCCUCUUCCUCCGCCUCCUCCGCCGACCAUCGCAGGAAGGCCUGGCUCUUUGGAAACUCCUCCAAGAAGUGCACGCGCCACGUCGCCGACCACGAUGCCAGGUGGCACGACGAAGACGCCAUCGUCGUGCCUCAGCCGUUGCCCUUGCCGGAGCUCUCUUCCGCCGCCGUACUCCGUCAGCGAGACGGUGACCGCCGUCUUCCCUCGCCCAUGAAGGUUGCACCGUGCGCCACCGGCAAUCGGAUGCGGAGUGUUUUUGCUAGCCAAGAGACAAGAAGGAAUAUAGAGCAGGCUGAAACUAGGUCAUCAAGGAUGGUGCAUCAAGAUGGGAGUGGUUGUGAGAGCACUAGAGAUAAUAGCAAUAAUAACAAUAACUUGAUGAGUGUCCCUGGUAGGAGGAGUAUUUCAAGCAUUCCCUGUACAAGUCCCUCAAUUAGUCCAAAGAAAACAAGGAAUGGUGAUUUUGUGCCAUACUGUUAUGCAAGUCCUAAAGGAAACCAAUUCUGGUCUGCACCAGAGUUGCCUACUUUUGAAGCAGGGUUGCCACCUCCUGCCUUCUUUGAUUUAUCAGCAUUAGGCACUGACGCUUCUCCUUCUUCCUCUUCCCAUCAAAGUCCACAAGGAAGGAGUCCUCCGCAACACUUCAGAACCUUGAGUGGACCUCCAUCACCCAUACACACCAUGUUUUCCCUUGAAAUCUCAACGCCGCAACGCGAAAGUAAUGCUCCUCCUCCUGUCAGUGUUCACCCGUUGCCUCUGCCGCCUGGGGCUGCCUUGCCUUCGCCAUCUGCUGCCGCCACCUUUUCCCAUGCCGUGGCUAAAUCAGAAUCAUUGCCAAUGAAAAACCAAUGGAAAAAGGGGAAGCUUAUUGGGCGUGGCACGUUUGGAAGUGUUUAUGUAGCAACCAACAGAGAAACUGGCGCAUUAUGUGCAAUGAAGGAAGUAGAAUUAUUUCCUGAUGAUCCAAAAUCUGCAGAAUCUAUGAAGCAGUUAGAGCAGGAAAUUAAAGUUCUUAGCCAUCUAAAACAUUCAAACAUUGUGCAGUAUUAUGGUAGUGAAAUAGUUGAGGGCCGGUUUUAUAUUUAUCUGGAAUAUGUUCAUCCUGGUUCAAUUAAUAAAUAUGUCCGUGAACAUUGUGGUGCCAUAACAGAAUCUGUCAUUCGGAAUUUCACUAGGCAUAUUCUUUCAGGGUUGGCUUAUUUACAUAGCAAAAAAACAAUUCAUAGGGACAUCAAAGGUGCUAACUUGCUUGUGGAUUCUGCUGGAGUAGUUAAGCUUGCUGAUUUUGGGAUGGCUAAGCAUCUAACUGGACAUGAAGCAAACCUUUCUUUGAGGGGAAGUCCAUACUGGAUGGCUCCAGAGCUUUUUCAGGCUAUGAUGCAAAAGGAUAACAGCUCUGAUCUUGCUUUUGCUAUUGAUAUUUGGAGUUUGGGUUGUACGAUCAUUGAAAUGUUCACAGGGAAGCCUCCUUGGAGCGAAUAUGAAGGAGCUGCAGCUAUGUUUAAGGUGAUGAAGGAUACCCCUCCUAUACCUGAAACAUUGUCAUCCGAGGGUAAAGAUUUCUUGAGGUGCUGCUUUAAAAGAAAUCCAGCAGAGCGGCCAACGGCUGCAGUGUUACUAGAACAUCGGUUUUUGAAAAGUUCACCUCAGCCAGAUGUUUUAUCUUCCACCCAGCUGCAUAACGGUACAUGCUUCAUGGAUAAACCACUUAGUCCCAGAAAAUAUUCUGAAAAUAAGUCUGAUCAGUUGUCUGUACCCAGUACAAAUAUUGCGAAAGGGAAAGCGGCUGAGAGGCGAGGAUUUUUCCUUCCUUCAAUAGAUAUUCUCCCUGCACAUUGGGACCAAUGACUCAAUCUUGUUAUCAAGUCUGUUUUUUAGCCUUGGAAGAUCUAUUGCCCAACCUUGAUGAGCCAUUCUUCUCUGCUGAUAUUGGACACUGGGCAGUCAUCUCAGAAUAACUUCCACAUAGCAGAGGCGUCACGGUGCUCUUUUUCUUCCCUCCACUCUUGAAGCACUUCCUACACUGUGUAUAUUGGCUUGCAAGUUACAACACACACGGUCCAAUACCUCGGUUGUUUGUCUGUGACUCUGUCGAAAGAACAAAAAAAUGACAUUUUCAAAUGAUUGAGCUGAGGGAAGUUUUCAAUAUUUAUGCCGAUGACUGGGGCCCAUUGUGGAACUACAGUUUACUGAAGCCUCAUGUACUGACUUGCAGCUGUUGCCGUCAUAUGUUCUUUGCGUAGUUUAUCAUUGAUAAAAGUGAAGAGCUUCUACAAUAUGUAAUUUAUGCUGCACGAGUAUAUAGCAGCAGCUUUUUUGUAUAAUAUUAUUAAAACUUAGAGCGCUGCAGCAAUUAACCUUCUAAAGGUGUAUAUUUCUACCUCCAUCUACAUUAGGUUGAAUUCAAUAUUAUGUAGAUAUUAGUAUGCAUCCCUCUCCGUUUCAUGGGGAUUCUGAUUCGGUUGCUUGCGUUAGAAGUAUCCGCUCCAGAUGUGUUGAGUAACGAGUGUCUCAAAAUCUUCAGUUUUGGAUUAUAAAAAAUUAUGCUCCCACGUGAAUUGCCACAUGUUAAUGCCCAUAGGAUGGAAUAAAUUGUAGAUGCCUUUUUUUCAGAACUGUAUUUGAUGCUCCUCUUUCCAACUUCCUCUGGUCAAGAAGGCAUAGACAAUGAUGACACGAGAGUAAUAAACAAGGUUUUCUCUUUUUGUUAAG